AAUUUUUAUUUUUUGUGGUGGCAACAGGUUUGGCCCCGAUCCCAACUUCCCAUGAGAGAGAGAUUUGUAGAGAGAGAGAGACAGUGAUGGCAUUUUAGCAGCGAUGGGGGGGUGUUUUCCGACGACCCCCUGGGAGAAAGCCAGGACCGCGGGUCUCUUCCUCUUUGGGCUCUCCCUCUUCAUGGUCGGGGCCCACCUCUCUUCUGUCAAAAUGGGCCCCGAACAAGCCCGCAUCAAAGCUCGAUCCGACCUCCUCAGAGAACACCUCAAGAAAAAGUACGGAAAAUGAUCUCCUACUAUCGCUCUCUCUCUAACUUCCAGUGUGUUACUGGUCUAUUGUAACCUUUCUAUUUCAUCGCCUCUUCUUCUCCUUGCCUUUGCUGUUUGAACCUUUGUGGCAAUUGAGCUUCUUUUCUCUCAUCUUCCUCAUUAUCUUCUCCAAUUCUCUCUCUCCCCUAAUAACGUUGGUCCCUUCUCCCUUUUCUCUCUCAUCCCCUGC